GAACCUAGUACAAUAUCAGAAUCUGGUUAACGUUCCAUAUUGAUCGUGUGACAGGCGCCACAGAUACUAUCGAUAGUACCAUCGAUAGUUGGACACCUCUAGUAGCGACAGUAUCUCGGCCACUACAACAACAACAAACACAGUAUCUCGGCUCUACUACAUAACACUCAAAUAUUCAAGAUGUAUUGCUGUUCUAAAAGAUGCCUUUCACACGGUAUUACUCGACAAAACACAAACAAAAUACUAAAUUGACCUUGCCGAAACGGACAUCUUUGAUGAAAAGAGAUGAAAUUCCAUUAAAUUACGAACUUAUCUAUCGGGCGCCAAUGGAAUCAUAUAUCUCACUUGCAAAAAACAUCUCCACUACUACAGCGAUAAUCAUUUCUUCUACUACAGCCUAUGCUGCAACUAACCAAUAUAAGCUUCCAACUCGGAGUUUUGAAUCCAUGGGUCUAGUGUCAGACUUCAACGACUUAUGGAUAUUUUGUGUGGGUUUUGUUAUGAUAACAGUCAUUAUAAGAGUUUUUAUUGCUAGAUAUCCUCUUCGAAUUUAUCGGACAAAUGAAAAAUAUGUUGCUAUAUAUGACUCUCAGAUACCGUUUCGACCGUCUAAACAUACGUUUUGCAAAGGCGAAGUGGAAGAAAUGUAUAGCAAAUUUAAUCCAUGGAACAGCUGUACUUAUAGGUUGGGCACCCGGACUUCUUUACUAUUAAGUCGGUAUUUUAGAACACCUGCCGAUUACAACCAAAUGCUCGGAUAUGACUAAGAACGUUAAAAUAAUAGGGCUGAUGUUCUGGCAUUGUAAAAUAUAACUUAAAAAUAUAGAAGUAUAAGAAUAACCUAAAACAUGCUUAACUACUAAAAUUUAACAAAAGUAUGUAAAACUCACACUAUGUUUCCAUUGCGAGAUUUAGCUAUUGGGAUUUAUAAAUCGUUUUUACAUCUACAUCAUAUAAACUUUUAUGUGGAAAUUUAUCUGGGCCAGGGAAGCACCCGACUUCGACAAUGAAAUUCCUCUUUAGUAUCUCCUUAUUUACAAAAAAAAAUCGAUGUAUUUUGAUAUAUUGCUGGUCUUGCUGUUUAUUUCAUUUUUAGAUGUAAUUCUUCUAUGUAUUCAUAAGCCAAACCAAACUAUUAUAAAGUUAGUUAACAAAUAAAGAAUAAAAAAUGUUUAUGUAA